AUGAACUCUACUGAACAGAAACCAAGAGAAAUUGAUGAAAUUAUUUUAAAUCAAGGCUAUUCACAUGUUGUGAAUAAUUAUGAAAGCUCUACUGAAGUUAUCGAUCAAUUUAACAAUGAUCAUGAUAUUGAACAUUACGAAAUUCUUCUCGAUUCUUUUAAUAAAGAAUUAACAAGAUUUUAUCGUAUGAUUGCUUAUACACGUUUGAAUGAACUUGAUAAUGCUUUUAAAGAUGUGUGUAAAUUAUUAGAAGAUUUACCAGACAACAUUUCUUUAUUACUCAUUCAUAUGAUAUUAAGUCGUAUUGAAGCUAAUUUGAAUAUAAAUAAGUUCCAAACAAAUCUUAAAGACAUAAGCAGGUUAUUAGAAAAUGAUCCAAAUAAUGUUAGAUUAUUAAUGAUUCGAGGAUUAACUUAUAUGAUUUUAGUUCGAUAUCAAGAAUCUUUAGAUGAUUUUACUAGUGCAUUAGAAAUAGAGCAAACUGACUUGGGAAUUCGUUUAGAACUGCAAAGAUAUUGUGGAAUCAUAAACCAAAUGAUGUGUAAUUACAAAGCUGCUUUAUAUCAUUUUAAUGAAUCCUUAAAAAUCAGACCUGGUGAUAAAGUCUCUUUAAGUGAACGUGCAAAAACAUAUAAAAUGUUAAAUCGUUAUGAAGAAUCCAUCGCCGAAAUAGAAUCGAUUAAUAAUGUAUUGCUAGAGGCUGAUGGAAUUGAUUAUUAUUCUCUUAGUUACUAUGAGCGAUCUUUAAUAGAUUUAAAUAAAGCUUUGGAAGUUUCUCCUCAUGAUAGAAUGACCUUGGCUCGUCGUGCAGAUGUAUAUCGCAUAUUGGAACGAGAUCUUUACCGAAAAAUGGAUAGGAAUGAUGAAUCACUCAAAGAUUUUAUUAAGGCAUUGAAUAUAGAACCAAGUAACAAAUUUGCUCAAAGUUCUUGUAUUGAUAUUUUCCGUGCUUCUGGAGAAUAUGAUAAACAUCUUUUAAUAUUGGAAAAGGCGGUUGAGGAUGACGAUUUUGGCACUUUAGAUUUAUAUGACGAGUUAUUAAAAAGUAAUCCAAAUGAUGCUUUUAUAAAAACUUCUAGGGUUUUUGCCAAACUUCAUUUGUGUGAGAAAUCAUUUAUAGACUUAAAUAAAGUACUGACAAUUGAUCCGAAUAAUGCAAAAGCGUUAGAAAUUCGUGGAUUAAACUACUUGUUUUUAGGUAAAAUUGACGAUGCCUUUAAAGAUCCGACUCAGUCAUUGGAAAUAGAUGCAAAUAAUCCACUGGCGCUAAGCAUCGACUCAUUAAAUGUUGAUGCAAAAGGAAUCAAAGGUGUAGCUAUGUAUAUGCUUAAAUUAUACAAUAAUGCUUUAGAGAAUUUCAAUGAAGCAUUGAAAUUAGACCCAGACAAUUAUUUUUGUCUCGCGUAUAGAGGGGCUCUUUAUCUAAAACUUGAAAAAUAUGACGAGAGUGAAAAGGAUAUUGAUAAAGCAAUUGAGUUAAUGCCAGAUGAGUCAUUCUUACAUUGGCAGCGUGGUGCACUUUACAGUGCAAAGGGGCAGUACGAAAGUUCGCUUGAAGAGUUUUCUACAGUUGAUAGUUUCAAGUCGAAAUGUAGUUUGGAUAACUAUGAACAUGCUGAAGCAUUUUAUAAUCGUGGUAUUUUAUAUAAGAAGUUGGGAAAACAUGAAGAAUCAAUUCGUGAUAUGAAGCGAGCACUUAAUCUAGAGCCUGGUAAUGAUCUUACAAUAAUGCUCUACGAAGAAUUAAAUAACUGCAAAUCAAAAGAUGUGAGUGUUCAGGAUGAUUAG